GGGCCUUGCCGCUGCUGCGGGAAGGAGCAGGGCCUGGGCGCCUGGCGCGCUCGUUUUGCUGGGAGCAGUGUUCAGGCCUUUGCCUCGUUACUCGGGGGUGCCUGUUCCCUAGGUUGCGUUAAAAUGACUGUCUUAUAUUUCUGAAUGCCGACUUAGUAUUUCUUGUCAACGUCUGUGUUUCUGAGGUCCUGUUCUUUCUAGUCAGUUAGCGUUAGCUAACUUUAAUAGCUAACAUUUAACAACAGAUGUACGUGGUGAUGUACUAGCACGUGUUUAUAUUUCCCUUGCACGGUUUUCUGACGUUCAAAUGAUUAACUACAUGUAUUUUUUUCUUCUACAGUCUUUCCCUAGUGAAUGGAUCACUCUUGAUGUGGGGAAAAAAAACUAAGGAGGCUGUUUUGCCAUAGGUUUCUUUUGAAGCAUUUGAGCACUACUUGGUGUUGAAGGAAGGGCAGCAACCAGAACAGUGUCAGCCAGUUAGCUGGAGCCGUGUCCAUGUGCCCUUCACUUCCACUGCCUGAGUCUGUUUCUGAAAUCGUGCAUGUGUUAGCUGUAGGGAUAACAAAUACUAGUUUAAGCUAUAUUUUUUCCAUACUAACUUACUUCUUGUAAAAGCGCUAAAAGGCAUCAUUGGCAAGAUGCUUAGUGCCUGUACAUUCCAGUACCUGCAUCAAAGCAUGUAGUGUACUAGGACAUUUAAGAUAAGCUUGACUAUAGAAGAAGCUUUUAGAACAACUUAGUAAUCAUACUGCAAAUUAGUUUAUUUCACAACUUCGUGUAUUUCAGCUUCGUUUGCCUUAGUCUGGGUUAGGCUCUUUGCAGGAAAGAAUCUUGCAUUUGCCGCCCACCACAGGAGGAUGGAAUUGUAGUUCUGCCUAGCAUGUAUGGCCUGUGACGUAGGUACAGUUACCAAAUGACAUCAGCAGUGUCUCUUUAAUGUCACACUUACUGGAAUACAUUUUUUUGGCCAAAGCUGUAAUUUUUUCAUGCUCUGUGAUUUGAAUAUUAAUAGUUACAGCUGGAGAUUAUAAAAAAAAGACUGUUUUGCGUAAGGAAUACACACAUACCUAGUAACGUGGUCAAUGUAAACGUGUGUGACUUUCUUUUCAAACUUUUUUCACCCUUCCUUUUCAAUUUCCCUUUGAAGGAGAGAAGGCAUAGGAUUUGCAAGAAGUUUAGGCUUAGAAGAGAUGUUCACUGUAAUGUAAUCACUGUUCUGCAACCUGCUUACUGGAGUUCCUAACUGACCUUAUUUCACAAGAUACUGAAACUGUUACUUGUGUCACAAGGUACACCUCACUGUUAUCAAAAGCCUGCUUGCCAUAUAAAUUCUCCACCUCUUCCCUGCUUUCUGUCUUCUGUGUCAUUAUCUCUGCAGCUCAUCAGACCUUUUCAUAAACCAGCUUAACUCACUCAAGUCUUAAGUUUUCUGCUGUUUUAUGAGUUCAGCUAGCUUAUGGAAAGUCUGACAAAGAUGUGAACUGUUGGGUUGGUGAUGGAAUGAGAAAGAGGAGAAGAGAGAUGCGAGACCUUCCUAUUACAUAGCAGUGACCUAUUGGAUCAUCAGUUACCUGAGGAACCUUAACUUUAGCCUAGUAAUUAUACCUAGUCAGUAGCAUAUUUUGCAUUAUACUUUGCAAGUGUCCAGCAUAAGGGAAAGUAGAAUAAAUGUUUUAAAACAUAGCACAGUAAGCUUGAAAGCAUAUUCCUAUUUAUUUUCUGAUAUGUAAUGCUGAUGUUACAUGCUGCUGCAAUGGGUCGCUUCAGUAGUUUGUAAAGCAGUCUUUUAGUUAUCUGUUUUUCUUGGCAAUUGUUCUUAGUUCUUAUAUGUUGUGCAAAUACUACAAAUAGUUUACUGUAAUUUUACACAUACUGAAAUGUACCGAUAGGUCGCCUAGUACCACUCGGUAUAUCUAGUACUGGCAGGCCUGUUUUAUUAACUGGUUCUUUAUAUGUCUUUGAAAUAAAAAGUUGAUUAAGAAUGUAAUAAAGAUUCAAAAAAGUAUUUAUUGUGAUAAUGUUGAAGCCCACACCAUUUACAAUACUCCUGUUGGGGGGUUAUAGUUGAGGAGGCAUUAUACAUCUCAAAACGCUAUUUAAGCUUAAACAGAAGAGCAGAACUAUCAGAUAGGGAACAUGGGCAGAAAAAUACCUGCCUUUCUUUUGAGAGGAGUGACAGAGUAAGCACUUGCAGAGCAAUAGAUAUCAUUCUUUAUAAAAUCAAGAAAUACUUAAAAAGAAAUAACUUGUAGGUUGUUAGUGUUACUAACACAUUUAAAUACAGGCAGAGAAUUUAUGUUUUUACAGUGAGAAAUAACUUAAAUACAUAGAUCACGUGACUGUAUUUACUCUGGAGAGAUGAGGUCCAGGCCAAGGAAGUGCCUAAAAGUUCCCUGAACAAGUUAGAAAGAUCUUAUUAGCUAGAGCAUGGAGAACAACGUCAUUCUGUAUUUUAAAGUGGUCAAUAUUUGCUAAACUAAUGUUACAUUAAAAAAAAAUCAACAUCUGAACUAGAUUAAAUAUGGGAUAACGCUUGAUACGCUGUUGAUACGCUGUGAUAGUAUGGUUGACGCAAUGUGAAGAAUUGGAGAGCUUGGCUUUCCUUCAUAGUCCAGUAGAAUUACACACUUCAAGCUAAUUCUUUCGUUUUUUACCUUCAGUGAGCCUAGGACCAUGUUGUUUCUUGUACAUCUUCCAACUAUACUCUAAAAGCUAAAUAUGCUCUCUAAGGAGGCACAUACCGGUUGAUACUUUUGUUCUUACCUUCCAUUAUAACCAUUAGUUUUAAAGUCCCGAUAUACUACCUGUUCAUCCUGCAGCCUGCUUUUUCUGAAAAGGGCUGCUAUACAUGUUAAAAGUAUCAGCAGGAUAUGUCAUCAACUUAAGUUGUCUUUGGGGAUCGAUAUGGAAUGAUGAGUUAUUACAGUUUGCUACUGCACUUUUUUAUUGAUACUCUGCCCAUUUUUAACGUCUGUCCAGUUCUGUAGCGUCUCUUUUUGCUUAGUACUGUAAAUGAGUUAGGUUGAACGGGUAUUUGUGCAGGGCUCCCAAAAAUGCCUUGGGAAACUGAGUUCUUGAUUCAAAAGGAAUUGUCUUCUAAUCUGAGUUAGUGCUAUAGCGUAGGAGUUGCGGAGCAUUGUGCUGUGGGAGAGGUUCUCGUUCAGUGGAAGCGUUGGAAAAGAGACUAUUGACUUAAGGAAAGAUAUUAACUUUGAUGACUUUGCUGCUUGAUGACUUUGAUGACUUUGCAGCUUUAUUAUAUUUCACCUACCUUGACUUCCCCUAAAUCUUGAAGGAGUGCAUAUUUAUUCUGGUUAGCUCCAUUUGAAGUUAGCGAGUAUAGAUUUGGGUCCAUAAUGUUCUAAACUUCUGUGUUCUUCUGACUCAUUCAAGAUAUAGUUAGCUUCAGAGCCAGUGAAGGGAUGGAGUUAUAUGGGCUUAAGAACCUGUCUUCUGAUGUGUAUGUAGUCUGUACUGGAGACUUGCUACAUAGAUGUGUGUGCGCGUGUAUAUGCCUCUGUUACGUAAGUGCGCAACAAUGUGUGUGAAUCAGAAGGCAGAAUUUGGCCCAGAAUUUGACAAAUCAUAUGAAAUGGAAUAUGCAGUAUCAUUAGCAACAUAUGGAAUAGAUUUAUGUUGCAGUAAUACUGUGGAAGAGCUUUAGUUUGCUAAGAAGUCCAUAGCAUUGUUAAAAUGACUAGAUGAGAAGUUUCCAUGUAGUGACACUAGCAGCAGGACGCCUUUCUGUAGUUAGAAAUUGUUCCAUUUGCAGGAUAAGCUUUUUAUAGUUAAUGUACAAAAUUCACUGUUCUGAAAGCUACAGCGGUUAGAUCUUUAGUGUUCUUCACCAACUAAGGUGUAACUGCGGGAUCUUACUGUAGCCGUUUUUAAAGAAAACAUGUCAGAAUCUUUCUGACUGAGGGUUAGAUGUAGUAAGUUAAGGUGCACGGGCAAGACAUCUCUGUUUCUGCAAAGUAUAGUGCGCUUGGAAAAUAAAUGAGACCUUGUGGAGUGUAAAGAAUGCAUAGAUUUGCAAAUUCAAGGUCUGAAGCUGCUAAAUCUGGCCAAAAGUGACUGAAAGUUCUGAGUUUGUAGUCUGCACCAGAAAAUAAGCGCGUUCAGUCAAGAAAGUAUGCAUCUCAAUUCACUCUUGCAGAAAAUACAGAUUGCAUUACUGUUGGUAUAUUUUAAUUCAAAAUUUAAUCAAUUUUUUUCUUUAAUUGUUAUAUUCACUUCUUAUUUUUCAGGGUUCUUUGAAAAUUCCUUAGUGGUCUUGACAUUGUUACAAGUGACAUAAAUUAGCCAGUGGCUCAGAAUGAUGGAUGCCCAGAAGACUACAAAUGGUUUGCAAGUGAUUGGACAAGGGACUGGUAUAGGGAUAUCGACACUCCACAUGGUGGGGUAUUUGGGAAAAAACUGUAGUCCUGUAGAAGUAAUUACACAUGAGCAUUGCCCAGUCUGCAAAGAGAAGGGCCAGAGACAAGCUUUACGGACUUACCGCAUUAAUUUUCAAGAGUCCAUUUUUCUUUGUGAAAAUCCUCAGUGUAUCUACCCACUUGGAUAUAAACCGUUAAACAGCAUAAUUAUUUCUGCUGAUUCAGAAAAACAUCAAAUUCCAUAUACUGAUAAGAAAAGGAAAUUGUGUGAUAUUAGUGACUCUUCUCCCAUUGACUCAUAUCCAAAACAGGCAAGGACUAAUAAUGGGAUAAAUGUUGAGCAGACUAUAAAUGCAAAUCCUGCUGUCAAAUACUGUGAGAAUGGUUUAUAUACUCCCAGGCCAAGCCUACCUGAUGAAUUACAGAAUGACCAGCAAAGCACUAGCAGCAAAGCAGAGUCCCUCCUGCAGAAGGUGGAUAUUGAAGCAACCAGCAGCACCAGCAGUUAUCAAGAAAGUGCUUCGAAGACUUCUUCAGCCGGAACACAGCUCUCACCGAAUUCUGAACUUUGCUCAAAAGCAUCUGACAUUUUGCUCAAAGAUGAUAAAGUUUCCACUAAUAACACAGAUUUACGUCUUCAGUGGAGGAACACGUAUGCUCUUUGUUGGUUAGAUUGUAUUUUGUCAGCUUUGGUACACUUAGAAACAUUAAAGUGUGCUCUAACAGAAGAAUACACUGAAGAAAAAUGUUUACUCCAGAGACUCCUUACAAAAUACGAUCAAGCAACUGCACUUCUAAAUACCUGUAAAAGUAGUAAGGUAAAAGAUGUUCUUCCAAAAGCAGAAUCAUAUCUCAAUGAAAUCAGAAACGGAAUUUUUGCACAUCUUCAGCCUCUGCUUAGGUGUAAAUUGGGUGAGAAGGAAAGUCCGGUGUUUGCACUCCCUCUACUUUUACGACAGGAUCACCAAGCUGAGAAACUAUUCCUGCAUUCAUUUUCUUGGAAGUUUGAGUGUUUAUGUUGUGGCUACAAAUACCAGAACCGAUGUAGGAAAACAUUAACAACAUUCACAAAUAUAAUCCCUGAAUGGCAUCCGCUUAAUGCUGUUCAUAUUGGUCCGUGUAAUAACUGUAAUGAUACAUCUCAAAGAAGACAGAUGAUUUUGGAAAAAGUGCCUGCAAUAUUAAUGUUCCAUUUUGUCGAAGGCUUGCCACAUAAUGACCUGAAGAAUUACUCAUUUCAGUUUGAAGGACAUUCCUACCAAAUAACAUCUGUUGUUCAGUAUCAAUCAGUCAAGAAACACUUCAUAACCUGGUGUUUGAAUCCUGAUGGAACUUGGCUUGAAUGUGAUGAUUUAAAGGGUCCGUACUGCAAGAGACACAAAAGAUUUGAAGUUCCUCCUUCAGGGAUUUUUAUUGUCGUCUGGGAAAAGAAAACAUCCCAUGUACCAGAAGAACUGAAUUCACAGUUCCAGAGUAAAAAUAUUGAAGAUUUUCCUCUUAAUAAUGUACGAUCAAAUUCCACAGUGUUGCAUUGUGGUUUUGAAAAUGCUGUAGACAAAAUAUUUGCAGAACAUCACAGAGAGGAUUCUGUGAGAAUUCCAGAUAAGACACAACAGCAGGUAGCUGAAGAUGAAAGUAGUGCUCAUGAUGGUUUAGAAAAUCUGGCACAGGAUGAUGUUAUAACUCUGACGCUUGUAGAAAUUCAAGUUGGCUCAGAAGCUGAAUCACUGGAGAAAGGACAGAUGGUGGGACAUAACCUUGUUGAGAUGGACAACCUGCACCUUAAAGGAGAGGUUGCUGGAACUAGUCUAGCUGUGAAUAAUAAAUGCACGUUAUCUGAAGAUCGCAGCAUUUGCUUACCUCUAGAAGAGUUAAACCCAACAAAUAUUACUUCUCCUGUGCCUAAAAAACAAGACCCUUACCCAUCUUACUCACCACUCGCUCAAAUGACAGAUGACAAAGUGAAUUUAUUUAACACAGAAAAUGGUACUGGCUUAAAUUCAGAACUACAGCUAAACAAGAAUUUGUCACCAGCAGAACAUAUUACACAAAGAUCACCUGACUUGAAAGAUGCAAGCAAAACCGUAGUUGAUUCUCAGAUUGCAAAUUCUUCUGCUGCCAAUAAUCCUUUUCAGCCUUCACACAAAGACCAAAAAAGAGGAUUUGUAGGAAGCUGGGUAAAGAAAUUAUUAAGCAAAAACACUUCUUUUAUGCCUUCAAGUGCCUCAGGUCUUAAAAAUGAAAGAAAUUACCAAAUUCCAGCAGUGCAAAAAAUAGGUAACGUGCGGUUGCCAAUUAAGGGAGCAAGUAACUUUGAUGGAUUUCAAGGCAGAGGUACCAGCAAAAUGACUGAGACCCCUAAAUCAGCAGUUCCCCAAGGUAAAAAUAUUCAUCCUUUGUCAAAUUUCAGAGGAUUUUCUCAAGACGUUCAUCUUCCUACAACAAAUCGUAUUGCUAACGAAGGUCCAACCUGGAAAAAGUCAAGAAGUGUAUUGGGUACCUCAGGUAAAGUAGUCCAGCUUAAUUCACCCAGCUGUAAUUCUGGGAAGGUAAAAGAGUCAGAUACUGAUAAAACAAAAAAACUUCGCCAGAAACUUCUAAAAAAACUUAAUGCUAAAAAGAAGAAGUUAGCUUCACUGGAUAGGCUAGCCGUGGAACAAAUGAAACAUGAAAGACCUGUGAACGGAGAUGGAAGCCCCCCGUCACAUUUUGAAUCUCAUAAUGAUAGUGAAUUGCUACAGACUUUUUUAAGGGAACUGCAGUAUCAGAUUGAUGUUGCAGAUAAUGAAUCUGAAAUUGAUGCAAGCUCUAUAUCAAUGUGCACUGGCCAUGAUGCUAAUAAUGAAAUAUUAGCAGAAUUACUGUCCCCUACGUCAACUGUCGCUUCCUUAGAGGUUCCAAAAGGUGAAGAUGAAUGCAUGUAUUUAGAAAUGGGGGACAGCAAUGCUGCACGAGCUGUGCCUGCUGAGAUGACCAGCGUGUCACUUGCAACAGUGCCACGUGAAGACCACAAUUACUACAGUCCUGUAAAGGAGAGUAAUUCUGAAGUUCAUACAAUGAACAAGUCCAGUGUGAAAAAACUUGCUUUUGAAAGCGCUACAAGCGAAGAUAUCCUUGAAGACCUAUUUUCCAUUUCAGCACCAAGCUCAGUAGCAGGUGAUAUAGAUUUACCUCAUUUUGAUGAAACUCUGUUUGAAACUUGGUGAAUAUUCAGUUUCUUAUUUUUAGUAUUUUUCAAUAUUAUGUAUAUUUUGAAACAAAGCACUAUUAAAUUAUAUUUUCUAACUAGUUUACUUGCACACUGGCUAAACUUGAACAAUUUACAUUUAAAGCUAUUUUUUUCUUAAAAUUGCAUUGUAGCAGGCAAAUAAGGUUUUAAUGCAUUUUGUCUGUGAACCAGUUAUUUUAGCUGUAGAAUGUGAGGAUAGUUUUAAUUAAAAGCUUCUGUAAGUCUUAAUUUUUUGCUGCUUUUAAUGUGGAAAACUCAUCUAUAUUUUAUUGAGUUUGAAAAAUAACCACUCCUGUAUCCUUGCUAGUGUAAGUGGUACUAUUUAAGAAGUACUCAUUGAUAUUUUUCAGGAUCUUCAAAUUCCUGAAGUCUUAUUGUCCAACGUAAAAAAAGGAAAAUACUGUCUGUAAUCAGGGAUGUUUGCAUCCGUUGAUACAAAGAUAAUUUGCAACACUAACAAAUCAAGGAUAGUUUUCUGCUAGGCAUUUUACUCUCUUCAGGAAUACAGUGUAGAAGCUCUUCCUGGUUUGUGUGCUCCUUGGUUCCAAGGAAGAAGGGAUAUAAAGUGGAAAUUUUUCUAUUGAAAGUUAUGACACAUGCUGAGGUUUUAAUUCCAGGUUAACUGAAAAUACAAUUUUGCAGAAUAUACUUCUGAGCCAGCUAAUCUGUUAAGUCAAAUAAAUAGGAUUUGACCCAGAGUUUGCAGCAUUAAGAGAGAGUUCGUACCAAAUGUAACUUUCGUGUAUUCAUUGCUGCAAAUUCACUACUAAAAGAAAAGUUUCCAUCAUUAAAGUUAACUGUACGUUAGCACCCAUGACUGUUGCCACUAGGAGUUUUUCAUGGAUAAAGCUAUGUAAUCCUGUCUGUAUAUAAAGAGAAUGAUAGGGAUGAACAAGGCCAGUAGGAAGAAAGUAAUGGAGAAAUAUGUCAAGAAGGCAGCGUGUAAGGAGAAGGGAGGAAAAUGUACAUGCGUUUCUGGAUUUGUGUAUAGCUUUCGUUUUGUUUGAUAGUGAGUCUUACAUGAAUUCAUAUACACAGAGCUGAGAAUAUUAGGUGCUAUAUUAGAUCAUCUAAACAUUUUUCUUGUACAUGGAAACAGUAAGGAUUUUAUCAGCAAGUCUGUUUCAGCCAUUUUUAGAGGUAUUCUGCAUUUUUUAUCCUAAAUUCAAAAUGUAAAACCUUCUGUCAUACUCUUAAACAGGUGCAGUGGAACAUAGUUGUUAUUUCAGGUCAUGGCUACAGAGAUAGAUGGUCUUGGAUAACUUGCACAGAUUCAAAAAGUGUUUGAAAAACUGUUAGUGACACUGAACUUACCUUGCUAAACUUGCAAUUGUGGGCAUGUCUUGCACUUCAGAGAAUGAAUGGUUUCAUUUUUGAUACAUAACUUUUUAAAGAACUUGAGCUCCUCUUUUGUUUUAAAUGUCUUAAUUGAUGUGUUACAAUAAAAAAACAAAUCAGUGGGUUUUGAAUGUAAAGUCCUGGUGUACUGCUGGAGAAACGUUUGUCUGUGAAUUCCCCUUAUUAAAAAAGAAAAAUGAUGACCAAAGCUAGAGUUUAACUUAUCAGUGACUAACAUAGGUGCCUCUGCAAGACCUGAGGGGGGCAAUAAGAUUUUCCUGCAGAGCUUCCCAAAACAGUCGUUUCUGUAUGUGUAAAUCCCUUCAAAGCCACGUACUGCUAGCUCCUGCUUGUUGCGGAGGUUUCCCCUAAGCUGAGGGGAGACGCUUCCUGAGCAGAUGCCGUCUGGCAUGAGCUGGGUAGCAGUUACUUGGAGCUGAGAAGUGGGAACUCCCUCGCUGCUGGCUCAGGGCAUGGCCCAAACCCUAGAGGGAAUGAAGCAGCAAGCCUGGAGCUAGUGAGAUGCAGCAUGUGUCGGUCUACGUGGGGAAGAUGCUACUUUACUGGGAUAUUGGAGGGGGAGGCUGUUGCAAAUGAGGGGGUCCUGGUGUAAGCUGUGUGAUAAGGUUAAAAGCCGAGAAAGGUGUAGGGGCACAGCUGCUGUGCAUGUGCCUAGGCAGAACCAGGAAUCGCCAUGGUCAAAAUGGCCAGCACCCCCGCGAACUCGUGUUAGGAGUCCUUGGGCUGCAGCUGUGUGGGGUAUGGUAUGGGUGCCCGUAUGUAUAAAAUCUCCAAGUGCAAUUAAAUAGCAUUUGAGAUUAAAGGGAAUAUGAAAUUACAUAUGUUACUGGGGCAAGCUUGUUGAUGCUUUGUUCUGAAAUAAUUGUUAAUUAAAGAUGAUGGUGUGCGAAUGUAUCUGUUUGCUAAUUGGUUGAGCGUAAUUGUUUUACUCCCACUGAUUCUUUGCAAGUGAGAAUUCAGCUGAGAUUGAAUAAAAACUCCACUGAAGAAACA